GACAAACUCGUCUACGAAAGAUACAACUACAACCAAAUCAUCAGUCGCAAAACGUGCACAGGAAUUACACAAAGAAAAAUUCCACGAAAAAAAGGUCAUAGAAGAGAUAUCAACAGGAAGUAUUGCUGUAUCUAUAAUGAAGAAACAACAAGCAGGCGAAAAAAUUGAUCCUCCUUCACUUCGCUUUAAGGCAAUUCUUCCUAUACAAGCACUUUUGCAAAAUCCCGGCAGUCCGUAUUAUCCUGAUGCUUUAGAGAAAUACUUUCAACGACCUCGCGGACAAGAAUUUGAUAAUAUUUUUUACGAAGAAUAUUACCAAAAAUACAACAUUUGUGUCCACCAAAUACACGACCUCCGAAUAACUCAACAAGAGAUUUAG